CUGGCCCACGGAGCCGACCCGGACCACCACCCGCCCCACCUGGGCUCCCCCCUCUACGUCAGCUGCCUGCACCGCCACACGGACUGCUCCAGGGCGCUGCUGCUCAGAGGGGCCAGCGUGAACGUGGGCCUGGGGGGGGACAGCCCGCUGCACGCCGCCGCCAGGCUGGACAGCGCUGACCAGGUGGCCGUGCUGCUGGACUUUGGCGCCGACGUGAACGCCAGAGACGGGGACGGCCAGCGGCCGGCCGAGCUCACGCCGGCGGGGGGGCGGGCCGGGCAGCUGCUGCUGGCCUUCGAAGGUAGAAAAUUGGAUUUUCAGGCAGAAUCACGAUCACAAUCGGCUUUAUUCUUAAAGAGUCUGUGCCUGCUGUGCCGCCUGCGGAUCCGGAGCGUGAUUGGCCGUUCCUACUUCCGGGUGAGCGGAGGCGCCGCCGCACUGGAGUCGUGUCAGAUCCGCGUCCGGGGUGGGGGGGGGCAGACAGCAGGAUAUGAGAGGCGUGCGGGCUGCUGGCGGCGGUGA